CUAGAAUUGUUGAAGGACUUUUGGAUCAAUAUAUCUUUAGUUCUAUACACGAACCACUUUUUCUUAUAUUAUCUUUACUUAAUGAUGAUGAUGCAAUCGAUAUUGGCAAAAUUAUGAAUCUAUUUGAUAAUGAAUAUAUCUGUCUGCAUUCAUAUUUUCGAAUAAGUAUUAGUGAUAUUGAUGGAUAUGUAAAAAUAUUGGAAUAUUAUUACACAUAUUUUUCAGAAAAAUUAGAAUCAAACAUGAUGACAGAAAAGGAGAUAGCUGUUUAUAACGUGAAUAUCGAGAAAAUUAUGAAAGAUAUCAAAUGCAGAAUUUUUUCCAGUUCAAAGGAUGAUGUGGUUGAUCUUAACAAAAGAUCAAUAACAUAUCAGAAACUUAGUUUAAUGAGAGUUAUAAACCUGAUUCUAAUAGAACAAACUGAGGAAUACCUUAUUCAGUUACUUUAUGUAUGGGAUGUGAAUUUCUCUCUUAGUUUUCUAGAUGUUGAAGUUGACUUACCUCAAGAAGAUAUCAAAUUGUAUAAGUUACUACAUCAAUACCCAAUCACUAAAACUUACGAGAAUAAUCAAGUGAAAUAUGCAAAUAUAACAGAAGUAAGAAAAGGUUAUAUUAGCCUUGAUUUAUUGAAGAAUAUUAAUAUCAAAAGUUAUAUUGGUUGUGUUUUUAUUAAUACUUUUGGGACUCCCUUUGAUGCCUUUGGAUUUCUUAAUAAAAAUUCUGAGUUUGCAGAUGAAAUUUGCGUAGCUUAA